CCCCAAAUGUAGUGGCGGAGUCUGACUUAUUGAGAGAUACACAGCAUAAUAUAUGACUGCCUAAUGAAACACUACAUAUUGCUACAUAUAUGUAGAAUGGGAACAUUUUUGACUGCAUUUGACAAUGGAUACAUUUCUAAAUUUAGUGGAAGGUCCUUAGAUGAAAUUGCCUGUGAAGACAUAUAUUCAAAUGAUGAUGAUGAUGAUGAUGAUGAUGAUGAUGUUGGAAAAGAACGAGCCAGAAAAAAGAAAACUGGACCUAAGCCUUCAAAACUCCCAACAGACAUAGAUGUGAGUGAUGAACAUGAUGGCAAUGAUGAUGAUGAUGAUGAAGAUGGGGAUGAUCAUGUUGGGAAAGAACGAGCUAGAAAAUAGAAAACUGGUCCUAAGCCUUCAAAACUCCCAACAGGUAAAACUGUAUGUCGAGAGGAAGAGGAAGCAAAUUCAAUAAAGAAGCCUUGCAAGAAUUGUGGGAACAUUUUUUUUAGGACUUUUUGCAAUUGGUUUUUGUUUGUCGUCAUGUGGUGUUCAUUUUGUGCUGACAAUUAAAUAAUUUUAAUUUCUUUCAAACUACAUGGCCUAAUUUUUCCAAAUUCUUUUGAUAUGAUGUAUGAUUUGGGUAAGGGGGACAUAAAUGGUAAUUUCAUUUCUCUUCCACACUGUGUCCUUGGUCAGCAGGGCCAAAAUGCUAAAAAGAAAAUCUAUACUUCCACACAUCUGAAAGAAAACUGAAUUCAGUUGUAAAUUUUAUAUUAGUUUUUUUACUCCAGAAUGUAGUUUAAUUACAUGCAUAUAUGAUAUUCCUUUAUUGAGGUCUGUGUCUGGGCUAGUUACUCAGGUGACCGUUAAUACCUGUUGGCCUGUUUGGUUUAAAAACAAUUCA